GGCAGCUGUAUCCUGUGUCAUUCUAUCUCAACUUUUUUGUUUUUGACUGCACAAUGCUUGUCUACUACCUCUCUAGCGCUGUCGCUGCCUACGCAGCAUCCCAGGUCAUCUACCGACUGUUCAUCUCGCCGCUGCGCAAGAUCCCCGGCCCCUGGCUCGCACGGCUCAGCUACCUUUCCUACUACUAUACAAUGGGGACAGGCUCAACGUCAGCUAAGGGUCGGAGCGACUACCACCAGUACGGCGACAUCUAUGUGAUGGCACCCGAUAUGGUUUCAGUCAGCCAUCCAGACGACUGCAAGCGAAUCAUGAGCUCGUACGAGUUCCGCAAGUCGGACUUUUACCAGUCAAUGGCGAUAAUCGACGACACCAUUCUGUCGACGCUCUCGCCGGAGCUGAACAGGAUGCGCAGACGGCAGUUCGGCCCCAUGUUUACGCCCAGCUAUCUGGCAGGAAUGGAAAAGAUCAUCAUGGAGUGUGGCAUCAGGGUGUUGAAGCAGAGAUGGAGCCAGCGACUUGGCCAGCAGGUGAACUACGCAGAGGACUUUUCGCUCUGCAUGGUCGACGUGAUAAGCACGCUGUGCUAUGGUGAAAAGCCAGAUGCAUUGAACAACCAGCGUUUUCUUAGCUGGCUGCAUGCAUUGACAAACUACGCAGUGCUCAAUGUGGCAGUGCCGUGCAAUGCGUAUUUCCCAUUCUCCCUGCUGACCAGGCAUGGCCGUGCAGCCAAGGCAGAUAUUAGUGAGUUUGUUGAGGCAGUAGCCGACUGCAGACGGCAGCAGAAUUUGGAGGGCGGCGAGAAGCCCAAGGAUAUUUUGCAGGCGCUUCUUGAUGCCGAGGACCCGAUGUCAAAGAGCCGCAUGACCCCACUGCAGAUUACCGCCGAGAGCGCCACCAUGCUGAUGGUGGGUACCGACACGACGUCCCUGGCCAUGACAUGGACCUUGAACUACCUGCUGCUUUACCCGGACUGCUAUCAACGGGCGGUGGCAGAGGUUCGGUCGAAGUUUGCGCCGGACCACCUGAUAACCUCAGCCGAAUGCCGAGCCGAGCUGCCGUACAUUGAGGCAUGCAUAUUUGAGUCGAUGCGGAUCCGGGCGCCGUCAAGCACGCAGUUGCCACGGGUGGUCCCAAAGGGCGGAGCGACGUUCCAGGGCUAUUUCCUACCGGAGGGAACCACCGUCAGCGUCAAUGUUGCAGCUCUCGGCUGCCAUGCGAGCCUGUGGCCAGACCCCGAGCGGUACGACCCCGAGAGGUUUUUGAACAACAGUGCAGCGAAAAACAACCUGGCAGCGUUCAAUACGGGCCAGUUCAAGUGCCCAGGACGCAAUCUGGCGUGGAUCUCUCUGUUGACAACGAUUCCAAACUUACUGAAGGACUUUGAUUUUGCACUGCCCGCCGAUGCGCUGCACCGGCCGGAGAUCGUAGACAAGAGCGGAUUGCCGGUCCCGAUUCCGCUGACAACUAUUCUCUCGGUAGGACCAAAGUAUCCAGAGCGCGACUGCAACGUCAUUGUGAACACGGCAACCCGCCCAGCUACUGUAUUCUAAGAAAGUUUUUAAGGAAGGGCUACAGUAUCAAUACUAAAAUUGACCCAGCAAUGCACCAUCCCAGCAGCACCGUAGUACACGCGGUCACGAUCUUGUGCACCCUCUCGCCAGUCUUUCCCAGCACCACGGCAGCCUCAGCAUCCAUCUUUCCCUCAAUCGCAGC